CAAGGUUCCACGCAGAUUUCCGCGAAGAGGGUCAGUCUCAGUAGUAUCAGAGGCACUCGGAAGAUCAGCAAUGGCCAAGCGAUUCUAUGGUCUGACGGCGAAACUCCUGACGGGGGAAACAUUUAAUUUCUCCUCGCUGCAGGGCAAAGUGGUCCUCAUUGAGAACGUCGCGUCUCUCUGAGGGACGACGACCAGGGAUUACACCCAGAUGAACGAGCUCCAUGAGCGCUACGCCAGCAAGGGGCUCGUUAUCCUGGGGGUGCCCUGCAACCAGUUCGGCCACCAGGAGAACUGCAAAAACGAGGAAAUCCUCCAGUCGUUAAAGUACGUCCGACCCGGCAACGGCUUUGAGCCAAAGUUCCAGCUCCUGGAGAAGGUGGACGUGAACGGCAAGGACGCCCACCCCCUGUUUGCGUUCCUGCGAGAAAGCCUCCCGUUCCCCAGCGACGAGCCCGCCGCCCUGAUGAGUGACCCCAAGUUCAUCAUCUGGAGCCCCGUGUGCAGGAACGACGUAUCCUGGAACUUUGAAAAGUUCCUGGUGGGCGCCGACGGCGUGCCCUUCAAGCGCUACAGCCGCAGAUUCCUCACCAGCGACGUGGAGGACGACAUCAAAAAGCUUCUCAGCCAGGCAAACUAGCGCGUCUCCUCCGUAUGUUGUCGUACGUCGAGACCACCUGUGCUCACUUGUGCACUCGUACGCUGUUUUCUGCUCUCUUAACUCCAUGAAGGCAACCUCUGAAACCAAAGCAUUUGUGAGGGGGUUACCCGAUGCACCGUAAAGGAGCACAACACCUCAGCUGUACAUGAAUACAUGGCGAGCACAGCUGUGCUCCAACACCACAAAUAAAUAAAUACAUCUUUUCUUCA